ACGGAGUAGUCAUGGAAACCGCGCGAGAGCAAGGCAGCUGGUCGGGUUCUCACACUGCGAGUGUUUCCGCUCACCUAAAAUAAAGAAAAAAACACUGGCGAGACGAGGACAAGGAAACAGCCUCGCCGGGGAAAUACGACGACGUUUGUUGAAUAUUUUGCCUCGUACUGUGUCGUGUGUGUUCGAUAACGUCGUGGUAAAUGCGUCGAAUGUGAACAAGGGAGGAGGGCUCGCCGCUGGUAACCUUUUGUCGGUUAAGCCGUAGAGGACUCUUGCCGGUUGUUGGAGGAAAAGAUGUGCAAUGGAAUGGUAGCGUUACAUACGAGAGCCCCUUCUUCUUCCUCCUCCUCCAUUCUAGCCCACAGGCUGGCCUUACCCACUCUUCUCAUCCUCUUCACUCUGCUCCAACAUGGCCGCGCAUCAGGUUGUGCGCAGCCACCUUCGGUACAGAAUGGAAACCUGCUGAACCAGACUGAGGCUAACAGGGACUCCUUUCCUGUGGGUGCUGUUUUGACCUAUGGCUGUGAGUCUGGAUUCACUGCAAAUGGGCCGGCCAGCAUCACGUGUGAAAAUUCUGGAUCCUGGUCCAGUCAACCGCCUAACUGCAUCCGAAGCAAUGUGUGUUCGCCUCCAACUGAACCAGAGAAUGGUGGCUACCGGUGUCACCCACCUGGCUGUCGCAGCCUUACCCAUAAGACUGUCAUCGAAUACUUCUGCGAUGAAGGCUACACUCUGAAAACAGAAUACAAGUUCCUCACGUGUGAGAAUGGCGAGUGGGUUACUCCGAUGCAGAUCAGCUGUCGACUUACCCAAGACACAGAGCCAAGCUCUCCACUCGGCAUACCAGCUCUGUCUAUUGUGGCGUCUACUGCUAGCUCGGUGGCACUCAUUCUGCUUUUAGUCGUACUGUUUGUGCUUGUGCAGCCCAAACUCAAGUCCUUCCAUCACAACAGGAGGGAGCAAGGAGUCUCGGGCCAAUCCGGUUCCGUUAUGGUUGAGGGGGUCCAGGUUGCACUUCCUUCUUAUGAAGAAGCCGUGUAUGGAAAUGGGUCAGGCCCCAGUCCUCCAUCACCACCUGAUCCAGCGCCUCCGGAGACCAGAGUCCCAAUUGUUCUGUCUGAAGGUCUCCCUCAGGGGGCCACUGGAGGUCAAGGUCCAAGCGGAACCCACCAACACAGAGACUUGGACUUAUGUUUGCCAUCCACCUCAUCCUCGUUUCCUUCCCGCCAUCAUGCAGAGACGGUGCUUGUUCAUCAGGCUCCGUCUUCGUCCUCUUCUUUAUCAUCGUGGGCUAGAGAGCACCCAGGGGGUGCGUGUGCAGGCCCUUUACCUCUCCGUAGAGACUCUGAGAGCAGCGACCAGCACAGUCUGCUCUCUGUCACCUCUGCAGAUGACUUUUCUGAUGAUAUCCCCUUGCUGAAGGAAGCAUGAACCCUGCCAGCGUGCUAGCCAGUCGUCCCCCGUCUCUCUCUCUGCUGACCAGGACCUAAUGUGGCUGUCAACCCCACUUCCCUGAACACCCUUCACAGGCCAGCAGAAACACGACUAGAACUAUGCCCCGCGCAACCUCCUCAGCCAUCGCUAUAGACACAGAACAAAGCCAUCGACCAUUACAUACUGCACCACAAGCAGUGAUGGAACGCCAGAGGAGCCAACUCAAGAGUAGACAAAGCGGCACCGCCUCAUUUAAAAAUCUCUUACAACCUUUGUAUACAAUUCAAACAUACAUACUCAGUCAAGGCUGUAUUCUAAAGGCAAUGUAUUACCAUGCACUCAACUGCUUCCUGGUUGCUCUCUCUAUAUAUAUAUAAAUAUAUGAGAAAUAGGCUCCAUCUGAGAACGGUAUAGCAAACAGGAAACAUUAAGAAGUUUACUUCUGGCCCUAUGGUGUUCCGAAUUGUCUUCCCACUGUACUUGAAGAGUUGUGAGUGACAGUUGGGUUUUGUGGCCCUCUUUGUGAAUGCUGCAUGUUGUUUUUAGUGAUGGCUGUCACUGCGCCGUGCCCACUCUGAAUUAAGCAUGAAGCCUCCUCUGUGUGUGUCUCUCUCUCGCUCGAUGUCUGUAUCCAGGCAACAUCCAGCAUAUGGAUGAAUGUGAUCAGUUGGGAAGAGUUGAAAGCAGAGGGGAGACUUGCUUCUAGAACCUGGAAGAGAGCUUUCUUCCUCUUGGUUUGCAUGAGUAGGAACAAUUGUAGUUUCGGUUCGUAGAAGCGAUGCUACAUCAAAUUUGAAGAGCGACACGAGAUCCCAGUUUAUUUUAGCAGCUACAGAACAGCUGUCCAUCAGGCGGAUUGAUCAUGACUAAACUUAAAACGUGAGCUCAAAUGAAAUGCUCCUCCCUGCUGUAUUUAUUUUUUGACGUGUGGCUCAGUUGUUUUGCUCUGAUGAGUCUGACUUUAAGUGCGUGUGUGUGCAUCUUUGUGUAUGAAGCAGGAGAGAGCAUGUCCUCAUGAAAGUGCACCUCUUAAUAGCCAUUUCCUGAUCCGCCCAUUAAAUUAGAGGCAGCCUCUGCAUAAUUCUAUUAUGUGACCAAUGUUAAAAGAAAACAUUGAAACAAAUCCAAGCCAGCAAAGUAAAAAAUCAGGACAAAAGUCUAUAUCAUUCAUCAAUAUUUGCAAUGACUGGCAUCUCCAGAGAGAAAUGGCUUUGCAUCCAUUGUCACACUGAACUGAAAAUUCCACAUUUGUGUAUUAUUGACAAAACUGCAACUGGUUGCAGUGAAACACAAAUUUGGAAUAAUUGUUGUUUUGUAUACCCCAUCCCAAAGCACGUCAACUCACAUAAUCUACAGCCAAAAGCAUAUUUAAAGAUCACAGUUUUUGUCAUCUUCUGAUUGUCAUUAGGUGUUUUUUGUGGUUGAGCUGUCCACCAUGAACACAGCAUGACUCAAAAAAAAAAAAAAAAAUCUAACCCUAUGUGAUUUGUCUGAUCUUUUUUUUUUUUUUUUUUAUGGGCUCUUCAUUAUUGCAAACAGAAUGUUGCCUUAGACUUGUACAUUAUUUUCAUGUAAUAUCUUUAGCAUCCACUACCAGUGGUUGCUUUUUCGCUAUUGCAACGUUUUCUGUUUUCCCAAAGGCCUUACUCUAUUAUUUUCUAUUCUAUGCAUACAAUUGUCUUUAUUUCAUUGUCAAGAAAAAUAUCCCUUUCUGUCCUCCCCUUGCUUUCCAGCUACUGUGAUGACACUGAUUUCCAUGCGCCUGCGUUUCAUAUUUGCUUUACUUUUCUUUACUACCUGGCGUAAAAUAUUAUGGGGUUAAAGUUUAAAAAGCAAAAAAAAAUCAAAUUGUGUUGUAUUUGGAGACACUGUUGUACAGUGUCCCCUCCCUGAAAAUAACACGUUACAGUAGGCUAAACGUUUUCAUUCUUGGUUUGGAUGCUUUCCUCUUCUGAUCUUCCCCUGUACAUGGCAGUGGGUGUGAGAAUAUUAAUUUAAUAUUUGUAUAAAGUUUAAUUUAAUUUACAGUGUGUAUAUAACUUUCUAAUUAAAGCUUUCUUUGAAUGUCAA